AUGGAGUUAUGUUCCGAUAGUCUACAGGAUAUUCUUGAACAUAAACCACAAGUAUUUGGUCGACAACCGGGAGAACCCAUGAAUUCAAUCGAGUUUUACAUUUCGUGUCAUAUAUUCAAAGAGCUCUUAGAAUGCGUUCAAUAUUUACAUGAAUUAAAUCCUUCGGUAAUUCACAGAGAUCUCAAACCCGACAAUAUAUUGAUUGCCCGGAAGGUGACUUUGGAUUGGCAUCACUGCACUCAAAUUCCUUUGGAAAUCAUACCACAGGAGUGGAAGCUUUACAAUACAUGGCACCGGAAUUCCUCGGAAUUGAGUAUUUACUCGGGAUAUGAAAUAUACGAUAAAUUCAUUAAAUUGGAUCAAGUCAUUGACUCAAUGACUGCUAUAAUUCUUAGCAAUAGACCCGAGUGUUCACAAUACGGAGGGAUUGGUAUUGGAUUAAACAAUGUUAUUUCCGAAGUGAGUGAUUACAAGCGUUUGUACGAAGAGUUGCAUUCAUUAGGUUCGGGAGCUUUUGGGGAAUCCGAAUAUUGUGUCCAAUAUAUCAGUCAAUGGUACGAUGACAAUAUGUAUUACAUUUGUAUGGAGUUAUGUUCCGAUAGUCUACAGAAUAUUCUUGAACAUAAACCACAAGUAUUUGGUCGACAACCGGAAGAACCCAUGAAUUCAAUCGAGUUUUACAUUUCGUGUCAUAUAUUCAAAGAGCUCUUAGAAUGCGUUCAAUAUUUACAUGAAUUGAAUCCUCCGGUCAUUCAUAGAGACCUUCACUCCGGAAAUAUAUUACUGGCCAGAAAUGUAAGGAAUGGCAGGUUUUUCAAAGUGGCUGACUUUGGGUCGGCUACUAUUCGCAAAUCUAUAUCAACAUUAAGUAACCCGACUCGUGAGCCUCCGGACCUUCGUUGGGGUGAAUCAAAUGAACCCAAGAGUGACGUCUACACUUUGGCCAUAACUACAGGAGAGAUAUUUGGCUUUGAUUUGGAGAACCUAAUGGGGUCAGUCAUACACUAUAAGUAGUUCAAAGAAGUAUUCAUCAGAUAAUGAAGUGCUAAACAAAUGUGUCGUUCAUUUAAAACAAGUAUUAAAAAGGAUGUUAUCCUUUGACCUGACUGUCAGACCCUCAUGUAGUCAAGUAUUAUCGGAAUAUAACUUAUGGUCUAUUCAUAGGAAUUGUCUCGAAAAUGAUCCCACAUUUGAUUCCACAC